UAUAUCCUUAAUUUAUUAUCUGUUAUAUUAUGUCUAUGUUAAGUACUCUAUGAUUAUAUCUAUUGUCUAUGUCUUCUCUUUGUCUUGUUCGUGUGUAAUAAUGUAAUGUCGAGUCAUGUCUUUGAGUCUAAGGUCUAAAUUAAUAAAGUCGUACGUAUCCAGUCAAUCAGUCUUAUUUAUUACACCUAGCAUCAUAAUAUAUGGUGUCAGAAUUCGCAACAAAGUGAAGAAUAUAUAUAUUUUACGUCAUCUGAAAGUCAAUGGUAAUAAAAUUGAAAAUUCAAAAUGUCGACGUCUACAAUACAAAACGUGGAAGCAUGUUCACAAAGUCACAACUUCAACAAUGUACCAAAAUUAAUAAUUGCAACAAAUCAAAAUAACAAUUCUAAUUGGAAGAAAUGGUGGCAAUGUUUUGAGCUUUUUCUACUUGCUUCGGAUCUGGAAGACGCAUCCGAGAAAAGGAAAAUAGCCAUCAUGUUACAUACAAUCGGAGAAAAAGGUAUUGAGAUUUACAAUUCUUUCAAUAUAGACAUAACCAGAACAACUUUAAAAGAUAUUAAAAUUAAAUUCGACAAUUAUUUUGAGCCACAGAAAAACUUAACUAUUGUCAGACAUUCUUUUUUCACGAGAAUGCAGAAACCUGAAGAGGGAAUUGACACAUUUCUUACGGACUUACAAAAUAUUGGAAAUAAAUGUGAAUUUGGUACAUUGAAAGACUCCUUAAUUAAAGAUAUUUUUAUAGCUAACAUGAGUUCGAGAUUAACACAUGUUCGUCAAAGAUUGUUGCAAGAAACGGACCUAACACUCGAAAAGGCUAUAUCUAUUGCUAAUAAUGUCAUCAUGGCACAACAAAAUGCUCAAACAAUGGAAAAUUCUCAAUAUUCAGAUAAUGUUUUACAUUUAUCACAGUCGUAUACAAAGUCACAGUCAAAGAAACAGUCUACGAGUAAUAACAGAAAUAAGUCAAAUAAUAAAAAUCUUCACAAUCAAAAUUUUGCUAGUCGACGCAGUCAAAGUCCAGUACCAAAGACAAGUAACAACAAUAAAUGUACUCAUUGUGGUCAAUGUUAUCAUCGUUUCAAAUGUCCAGCAUCAGGAGUAAGGUGUAAAAUAUGUCACAAGAUUGGACAUUUUGCAAAAUAUUGUUUUUCCAAUCGAUCUAACAUUAGAUCUGUAGAAUCGUCUUAUCCAGUCCGAGAUGUCAACGAGAAAUCAAACAAUGAUUCAGAACAAUUUUUCAUCGGUAUGGUGAAGAGUGUCAACAACGACAAGUCAUGGAUGUCUACCACCUGUCUGUCACCUCAAGUUGCAACAAAAUGCAAUUCCAUGCGUUGAUCAUCCCAGAAAAGUUCCAUUUGGUUUAAAAAAUAAAUUAAAAGAAGAAUUGGAUCGCAUGUCAAAAUUAAAAGUUAUAGAAAAAGUCAC